UUCCCAGCCCCGCAGCCCCACACUGUGCUGAGAAGAUCUAUCAGCUGAAAGACGAUCCAGAGGGGGCUUCAGCCACCCUGGGGCUGGGAAAAGAAGCUCAGAGAGGGGGAGAACAGGAGGAGGGGGGUAAGGAAACCCUGGCUGUAGUAGGCAAUUAGAGGAGGGGGAGAUAUCAUGGAGCCCACUUCUGUCCAGGAUGAUAUCCAGAAGAAAAAGCAACAGAAAGAAAAAGCGAAGAAAGCAGAACUAGAAGCUCCCCCCAGACCUCUCCGGUCCCUGUUCUGCCUCACCCUCCAGAACCCAGUGCGCAAGGCCUGCAUUGCUAUCGUGGAAUGGAAACCCUUCGAGACCAUCAUCCUGCUGACCAUCUUUGCCAAUUGUGUGGCACUGGCUAUCUACCUGCCUAUGCCUGAAGAUGACUCCAACAAAGCCAACUCCAGACUGGAGAAGCUAGAAUAUUUCUUUCUGAUGGUGUUUGCCAUUGAGGCAGUGCUAAAGAUCAUAGCCUAUGGAUUUCUAUUCCAUGCAGAUGCCUACCUACGAAAUGGCUGGAAUGUGCUGGAUUUUACCAUAGUCUUUUUAGGAGUCUUCACAGUGAUCUUGGAGAGAAUCAGCGUAAUGGAGAGUGCACUUCUCAGUGGACAGGGUGGUUUUGACGUCAAAGCACUGAGAGCCUUUCGUGUUCUACGGCCCCUACGCCUGGUUUCGGGAAUACCAAGCCUGCAAGUGGUACUGAACUCUAUUGGCAAAGCCAUAUUGCCACUGUUCCACAUUGCUGUGCUUGUUGUCUUCAUGCUGAUAAUCUAUGCCAUUGUAGGAGAGGAACUCUUUAAGGGCAAAAUGCACAAGACCUGCUACUACAUUGGGACAGACAUCAUUGCCACAGUAGAAAAUGAAGAACCAUCUCCAUGUACAAACUCAGGCCACGGGCGCCAUUGCACCAUCAAUGGCUCUGAAUGCAGAGGCUGGUGGCCAGGACCCAACAAUGGCAUCACCCACUUCGACAACUUUGGGUUUGCUAUGCUGACUGUCUACCAGUGUAUCUCCAUGGAGGGGUGGACUAAAGUCCUCUACUGGGUAAAUGAUGCUAUUGGGAAUGAGUGGCCCUGGAUCUACUUUGUCAGCCUCAUCUUACUUGGGUCAUUUUUUAUUCUCAACCUGAUCUUGGGUGUGCUCAGUGGGGAGUUCACCAAAGAGCGUGAGAAAGCCAAAUCACGAGGUACAUUCCAGAAGCUGAGGGAGAAGCAGCAAUUAGAGGAGGACAUGAAGGGCUACAUGGAUUGGAUCGUUCAUGCAGAAGUCAUAGACAGUGACCGGACCCGUGGUGAAGGGAUGAUGCCAUCGGAUGAAGGCGGCUCAGAGACUGAGAGCCUGUAUGAAAUUGAGGGUAUGAAUAAAUGGAUCCUCUUCUUCCGGCACUGGCGGCGAUGGAACCGUCUUUUCCGCCGGAAAUGCCGUGAAGUGGUUAAGUCCAGGUUUUUCUAUUGGUUUGUGAUCCUGAUCGUCUCCUUGAACACCCUCUCAAUAGCAUCUGAGCAUCACCGGCAGCCUGGCUGGCUGACCCACGUACAAGAUAUUGCCAACCGGGUGCUGCUAGCCCUCUUUACAGUAGAGAUGAUUCUGAAGAUGUACGCCUUGGGUCUGCACCAGUACUUUAUGUCCAUCUUCAACCGCUUCGAUUGCCUGGUGGUUUGCACUGGCAUACUGGAGAUCAUACUGGUGGAGAUUGUUUCCAUGUCUCCCCUGGGCAUCUCAGUUUUGAGAUGCAUUCGCCUGUUGAGGAUCUUCAAGAUAACCAAAUAUUGGACCUCUCUGAACAACUUGGUGGCAUCUUUGCUGAAUUCAGUGCGCUCCAUUAUCUCCCUGCUUACCCUCCUCUUCCUGUAUAUUGUCAUCUUUGCCCUUUUAGGGAUGCAGCUUUUUGGAGGCAGGUUUGACUUUGAUGAUGCAGAAAUACGGCGCAGCACAUUUGAUAACUUUCCUCAGGCUCUCAUCAGUGUCUUCCAGGUCCUGACUGGGGAAGACUGGACUUCUAUAAUGUAUGAUGGAAUCAUGGCCUAUGGAGGACCAUCAUACCCUGGUAUACUGGUCUGCAUUUAUUUCAUAAUUCUCUUUGUCUGUGGGAACUAUAUUUUGCUCAAUGUCUUCUUGGCCAUUGCUGUGGAUAACCUUGCCGAAGCGGAAACUUUAACUUCCGCUCAGAAGGCCAAAGAGGAAGAGAAAAAGAGAAAGAAAAUGGCCAGAGGUUACCCUGAGAAAUCAGAUGAGGAAAAACUGUUGCUGGCUAAGAAGCUGGAACAGAAGGCCAAGGGAGAAGGAAUCCCUACCACAGCUAAGUUGAAAGUGGAUGAGUUUGAAUCCAAUGUUAAUGAAAUCAAGGACCCUUAUCCCUCUGCAGACUUCCCAGGUGAUGAUGAAGAAGAUGAGCCUGAAAUCCCAUUGAGUCCUCGACCACGUCCUCUAGCAGAACUGCAGUUGAAGGAGAAAGCAGUGCCCAUGCCAGAAGCAAGUGCAUUCUUCAUCUUUAGCCCAACCAACAAAAUCCGAGUGCUGUGCCACCGAAUUGUCAAUGCCACCUGGUUCACCAACUUUAUCCUCCUCUUCAUCCUGCUGAGCAGCAUUUCAUUGGCAGCUGAGGAUCCCAUCCGAGCUGAGUCCUUCAGGAAUCAGAUACUAGAAUAUUUUGACUAUGUCUUCACUUCUGUGUUUACAGUUGAAAUAGUUCUAAAGAUGACCGCUUAUGGUGCCUUUCUUCAUAAGGGCUCCUUCUGCCGCAACUCCUUCAACAUCCUGGACUUGCUUGUGGUAGCGGUCUCCCUCAUCUCCAUGGGAAUUCAAUCCAGUGCCAUCUCAGUGGUGAAAAUCCUAAGGGUUCUCAGAGUACUACGACCCCUGAGAGCCAUUAACAGAGCAAAGGGCCUAAAGCAUGUAGUCCAGUGUGUUUUUGUGGCUAUCAAGACCAUUGGCAACAUUGUACUGGUCUCCGCGUUACUGCAGUUCAUGUUUGCCUGCAUUGGGGUACAGCUCUUCAAGGGGAAAUUCUACAGCUGCACAGAUCCACUCAAGAUAACUGAAGAGGAGUGCAGGGGACAGUUCAUCGAUUAUGUUGAUGCUGAUCCAACGCAGAUCAUUCUUCGUGAGCGGAUAUGGUUCCAUAAUGAAUUCCAUUUUGACAAUGUCCUGUCGGCCAUGAUGUCUCUCUUCACUGUAUCCACCUUUGAAGGAUGGCCCAAGCUGCUGUACCAAGCCAUUGAUACCCACACUGAGGACAUGGGCCCUAUAUACAACUAUCGUAUGGGCAUCGCCAUCUACUUCAUUGUCUAUCUCAUCCUCAUAGCCUUUUUCAUGAUGAACAUCUUUGUAGGCUUUGUCAUUGUAACCUUCCAGGAGCAAGGGGAAACGGAGUACAAAAGUUGUGAACUGGACAAGAACCAGCGCCAGUGUGUCCAGUAUGCAUUGAAAGCACGGCCUUUGAAAUGUUACAUUCCCAAGAACCCCUACCAGUACCAGAUAUGGUAUGUGGUGACCUCCUCCUACUUUGAGUAUCUUAUGUUCUUCCUGAUCACAUUGAACACCAUCUGCUUAGGCAUGCAGCAUUACAAUCAAUCGGAGACAAUGAACCAGGUCUCAGAUAUUCUCAAUGUGGUCUUCACCCUCCUCUUUACUGUGGAGAUGAUUCUUAAACUUAUAGCCUUCAAGGCUAAGGGCUACUUUGGAGACCCUUGGAAUGUAUUUGAUUUCCUCAUUGUUAUUGGCAGCAUCAUUGAUGUCAUCCUUAGUCAGAUCGAUACUGUUCUUGCUUCCAGAGGCGGAUUGUACUGCCUAAGCGGUGGCUGUGAUGGCAUUCCUCCUUCCACAGGUGACGAUGAUAACGGGCGGAUCUCAAUCACCUUCUUUCGGCUUUUCCGGGUCCUACGGCUGGUAAAAUUGCUGAGCCGUGCAGAAGGCAUUAGAAACUUACUCUGGACCUUCAUCAAGUCUUUCCAGGCCCUGCCACAUGUCGCCCUGUUGAUUGUGAUGCUGUUUUUCAUCUAUGCUGUGAUUGGGAUGCAGAUGUUUGGGAAAGUUGGUCUAGUGGAUGGAACCCAAAUCAAUCGGAAUAACAAUUUUCAGACCUUUCCACAAGCGGUGCUGUUGCUGUUCAGGUGUGCAACAGGUGAGGCUUGGCAAGAGGUCCUACUGGCUGCCAGCUAUGGGAAACUGUGUGACCCCGAGUCAGACUAUACCCCUGGGGAAGAAUACAGUUGUGGUACAGGCUUUGCUUAUUUCUACUUCAUCAGUUUCUACAUGAUAUGUGCAUUCCUGAUUAUCAACCUCUUUGUUGCUGUCAUCAUGGACAACUUUGACUACCUCACGCGGGACUGGUCCAUAUUGGGUCCACAUCACCUGGAUGAAUUCAAAAGAAUUUGGGCAGAAUAUGACCCUGAAGCCAAGGGACGCAUCAAACAUCUAGACGUGGUGACUCUGUUGAGACGAAUCCAGCCUCCCCUGGGCUUUGGGAAGUUUUGCCCACAUCGUGUGGCUUGCAAGCGCCUGGUGGGCAUGAAUAUGCCCCUGAAUAGUGAUGGUACUGUCACUUUCAAUGCCACGCUCUUUGCUCUGGUGAGAACAGCUCUCAAGAUCAAGACAGAAGGUAACUUUGAGCAAGCUAAUGAAGAACUGAGGAUGAUUAUCAAAAAAAUCUGGAAGAGAACAAGUAUGAAGCUCCUGGAUCAAGUCAUCCCACCAAUUGGAGAUGAUGAAGUGACUGUGGGCAAGUUCUAUGCUACCUUCCUCAUACAGGAACACUUCAGGAAAUUCAUGAAACGCCAGGAAGAAUAUUAUGGGUAUCGACCCAAGAAGAAUGCUGUUGAAAUCCAGGCCGGCCUGAGAACCAUUGAAGAAGAAGCUGCUCCUGAGAUCCACAGAGCAAUCUCUGGGGAUCUGACUGCAGAGGAAGAGCUUGAGAGAGCCAUGGUGGAGGCAGCAAUUGAGGAAGGCAUCUAUAGGAGGACAGGAGGUUUGUUUGGCCAAGUGGACACCUUCAUAGAGCCCAGCAGUCCACUGCCGCCCCACAUGGCUAGCCAGAGACCCCUACAGUUCACAGAGGUGGGGAGUGAAGAUUUGGACUCUCCCGUCUUCCUUGAUGACUUCCCACCAGAACAGCACACCAAUGUGAACAACAGCAACAGCAAUGCCAACAACAACAAAACAACAUGGAUGGCAUAUGAAAAUGAGCUGAGGGGAGAGACGGUGCUACCACCAUCUCAUCGGCCACUUGUCCUGGCCAACAAAUGCUUCCUUCAGCCUGAAAAGCAACCAAGGAAAAUAAGCCAGGUGCAAAGACAUGGUGUCACAAGGUGUUCAGAACUUCCGCUUUCCACGUGCCAGUUGCCCCAAAAGAUGCCCAUUGACUCUCAGCAAGAGGCAGAAAAUGGAAAAGUGCUACAAUCUAGGAACUCCACUGAAGCAAACACAUCAAGGGACAAGGAAACCUCCACCCCAGCUAUUCUCCAGCUUAUUCAGGAGGCUCUGAUCUCUGGGGGACUCCACUCCCUUGUCAAAGACAGUUCAUUUCUGAAACUGGUGCGAGAUGAGAUGGCUGCUGCCUUCCAGACUGAGGUGACAGAAAUGGAGGAGAUUGCUGCAACAUUGUUGAAUGGAAAGGAAAGUUUGGCUAGGUCUUUGUGCAGGUCCCGUAGCUUCACCAGCUCCUUGGAGGCCACUCCAGAUACCAGACUGUGAGAUGUUGUUCCUAGACCUUUUUUUUUUUUCCCAGAAGAGCUGCUAUACAGUGUUGCCUGUUUUCAGGUGGCUCCUGUGAAAACACUGCACUGCCUCCAUGGACUGGUUGCUCUGCAACAUGACAGGCACACAGAGAGAUUGCAGAGGGAGAAAAUAUUUUCCGUGCUUGUCCAAAGAAGUGAUAUUAGAAAUGGGUCUUCCAGGGUGUUUCACACAGGUGGAGAUGGCACUACUCAGCAGGUCUCUCUACUUUCAUGAGCUAAAUAGGAUAAAUAUUCCUGAAGAGAGAUAUCCAAGUUCCGUCCUAGUUCGUUUCUUUGUUCUAGCACCUUGGCAAACAUCUCAAAAAAAUGUCUUGUGAUGAAAUUGUUUUUAACUUUUAAUAAACUGGCAGAACCAAGAAAGAUGAUCAGCUCUGAUUUAUAUUCA